GCCCAUCAAUACAGAGAUAGUGCCAAUGAGAAGAUCGCUCCACACUCUACAUUCUCCAGCAUUACCCUAGCUCACCUUCGAGCCCUAUCUCUAGUUGCAGUGAUGGGAGCAUGUAGGAGUGUUUGGAGGUUGGGGGGCUGCGCCUGGGUGGUGUUGGCCUGGAUCGGGGCUCUGUUGCUGGGGUCCAGCUUGGCCCUGCCUCCCCCUGCCACCUGUCCUAAGAGAGUCUCUCCCUUGAACCUGAUCCAGACCCAGUACCGGUCAAUCCCAGGAGCAGACACAGGCUUCAUGUCCGGGGUCGUCCAGUCCUUCCUCCACACCGUCCAGCCCAACCCCUUCCCCAAAGGUCAGUCUCGGGGUGCAUCCGUCUGGUCAAAAGUAGUGUACUAUAUACAAAGGGAAUAGGGUGCCAUAGUCAAAAACUGUAGCCUAAUCUGACAGCGCUCCUUUUCUACAGCAGUUUGAUCAUACUGAGCUCAUACUGACCUAGCCAGGUGUGUGUAGCCGCUAUGUAAAUCCCAUACAAAUACCUGGGCUUCCACCCAUUUGCAGAGGGAAAUUGGUAUAGAACUAUAGCAGAAUAAUAUUAAAUUGUUUACUUCUGUUUCCCUCUGGAAAUUAGUAUUUUUCUCUGCUCCCAACCCUCCCCAAAGAUUUAAGCAUGUGUGCUUAUAGGUGAUGUGAUAGGUGAAGCAUUAGAACUAACCUGUAUUCUUUAACCAUAGAAACUGGUGACGAGGCUAGAUAAUUAAUGCCUUUAGUGGGUCAGGCUGUCAAUGGUUAGCAAGUCAGAUAAAAGUAUUUGUGGAUGGUGUGUUUCCCUUUAAAGCUGCAAUAUGUCAUUUUUUGGGCGACCCCUGACCAAAUUCACAUAGAAAUAUGGGUUAUAGAUCUGUCAUUCUCAUUGAAAGCAAGUCUAAGAAGUGGUAGAUCUGUUCUAUGUGUGCUAUUUCUAUGCUUCCCAUUCUUAAGUUUUGUUUUUGCGUCUUUUACUUUUGGUUUUGUACACCAGCUUCAAAUAGCUGAAAAUACAAUAUUUUUGGUUAUGGAAAAUAUAUUUGACAGUGGUUUCAUUUGUACAAUGAUUCUCUACACUAUACUUGCUUGUUAUGUCACAUAAACUGAAAUUAGGGGAACUAUUCGAAUUUUAGCAACCAGGAAAAGGCGGAGCGAUUUCUGCAUAGUGCAUCUUUAAGUAGUGUGUGACUCAUAUACUUAUGCUGAACCCAGAAACAACACAGUAAGUAGAGCAACACUGUAAACCUGUGGACAAUAUUCCACUGUAGUCCAGAAUCUUUGUCACCUUUGUUAUCGACCCUAAAUUAUUAUUAUUUCAGAGCUGGCUCAGUUUUUUAGAGACUGCUACCUUAUUAGGGCCAGUAGUGAUUCUGAUCCCUUAGGUACACGCAGACACACACACACACACAUGCACACACAUAUAGUGUGUGUUAAUCACCAAUUGACCUUUGCCCAAGUGAAACUCAUCUUAGAUCAGAGAGCUCUCGAGUUGCUGAGCAGAUUGCUAUGCACGGAUUGGAUAGUGACAGUCUCUUUAAUUAUGGCUUCUAUCCAAUCAGGAUUGGAGGCUGUUGUUGUAGCAACACUUGUUUGCUCAUGUUUUGGUUGUAUGUUUGGCUAAUGACACUAAUAUUUGUCUGUUAUUAUUUACCAGGUAAUGAGCAGUUAUUUAAGCUUUUAAGAACUUUACUUUUCUUAUUCCAACUGCAAAUACUGACAGAUCCAUUCUGUUCAAAUCCUACCCUAAGACAUCCUCCUUCUUGCUCUCUCUCUCUCUCUCUUUAAAGGGUUUUUCUUUAUUUUUACAAUUUAUUUUUUUACAUUGUAGAAUAAUAUUGAAGACAUCAAAACUAUGAAAUAACACAUGGAAUCAUGUAGUAAACAAAAAGUGUUAAACAAAUCAAAAAUAUUGUAUAUUUGAGAUUCUUCAAAUAGCUACCCUUUACCUUGAUGACAAGUAAGCACACUCUUGGCAUUCUCUCAACCAGCUUCACCUGGAAUGCUUUUCCAACAGUCUUGAAGGAGUUCCCACAUUUGCUGAGCACUUGUUGGCUGCUUUUCCUUCACUCUGCGGUCUGACUCAUCCCAAACCAUCUCAACUGGGUUGAGGUCGGGGAUUGUGGAGGCCAGGUCAUCUGAUGCAGCACUCCAUCACUCUCCUUGGUAAAAUAGUCCUUACACAGCCUGGAGGUGUCUUUUGGGUCAUUGUCCUGUUGAAAAACAAAUUAUAGUCCCACUAAGCCCAAGCCAGAUGGGAUGGCGUAUCGCUGCAGAAUGUUGUGGUAGCCAUGCUGUUUAAGUGUGCCUUGAAUUCUAAAUAAAUCAUAGACAGUGUCACCAGCAAGGCACCCCCACACCAUUACACCUCCUCCUCCAUGCUUUACGGUGGGAAAUACACAUGUGGAGAUAAUCUGUUCACCCACACUGCGUCUCACAAAGACACAGCGGUUGGAACAAAAAAUCUCAAAUUUGGACUCCAGACCAAACGACACAUUUCCACCGGUCUAAUGUCCAUUGCUCGUGUUUCUUGGCCCAAGCAGGUCUCUUCUUCUUAUUGGUGUCCUUUAGUAGUGGUUUCUUUGCAGCAAUUUGACCAUGAAGGCCUGAUUCACACAGUCCCCUCUGAAGAGUUGAUGUUGAGAUGUGUCUGUUACUUGAAGUUUGUGAAGCAUUUAUUUGGGCUGCAAUUUCUGAGACUGGUAACUCAAAUGAACUUAUCCUCUGCAGCAGAGGUAACUCUGGGUCUUCCAUUCCUGUGGCGGCCCUCAUGAGAGCCAGUUUCAUCAUAGCGCUUGCUGGUUUUUGCGACAGCACUUGAAGAAACUAAAAAAGUUAUUGAAAUGUUCCGUAUUGACUGACCUUCAUGUCUUAAAGUAAUGAUGGACUGUCGUUUCUCUUUGCUUAUUUGAGCUGUUCUUGCCAUAAUAUGGACUUGGUCUUUUACCAAAUAGGGCUAUCUUCUGUAUACCCCCCUACCUUGUCACAACACAACUGAUUGGCUCAAACGCAUUAAGACAUAAAUACAUUCCACAAAUUAACUUUUAAGAAGGCACACCUGUUAACUGAAAUGCAUUCCAGGUGACUACCUCGUGAAGCUGGUUGAGAGAAUAUAUAUAUAUAUACACUGCUCAAAAAAAUGAAGGGAACACUAAAAUAACACAUCCUAGAUCUGAAUGAAUGAAAUAAUCUUAUUAAAUACUUUUUUCUUUACAUAGUUGAAUGUGCUGACAACAAAAUCACACAAAAAUUAUCAAUGGAAAUCAAAUUUAUCAACCCAUGGAGGUCUGGAUUUGGAGUCACCCUCAAAAUUAAAGUGGAAAACCACACUACAGGCUGAUCCAACUUUGAUGUAAUGUCCUUAAAACAAGUCAAAAUGAGGCUCAGUAGUGUGUGUGGCCUCCACGUGCCUGUAUGACCUCCCUACAACGCCUGGGCAUGCUCCUGAUGAGGUGGCGGAUGGUCUCCUGAGGGAUCUCCUCCCAGACCUGGACUAAAGCAUCCGCCAACUCCUGGACAGUCUGUGGUGCAACGUGGCGUUGGUGGAUGGAGCGAGACAUGAUGUCCCAGAUGUGCUCAAUUGGAUUCAGGUCUGGGGAACGGGCGGGCCAGUCCAUAGCAUCAAUGCUUUCCUCUUGCAGGAACUGCUGACACACUCCAGCCACAUGAGGUCUAGCAUUGUCUUGCAUUAGGAGGAACCCAGGGCCAACCGCACCAGCAUAUGGUCUCACAAGGGGUCUGAGGAUCUCAUCUCGGUACCUAAUGGCAGUCAGGCUACCUCUGGCAAGCACAUGGAGGCCCCCCAAAGAAAUGCCACCCCACACCAUGACUGACCCACCGCCAAACCGGUCAUGCUGGAGGAUGUUGCAGGCAGCAGAACGUUCUCCACGGCGUCUCCAGACUCUGUCACGUCUGUCACGUGCUCAGUGUGAACCUACUUUCAUCUGUGAAGAGCACAGGGCGCCAGUGGCGGAUUUGCCAAUCUUGGUGUUCUCUGGCAAAUGCCAAACCUCCUGCACGGUGUUGGGCUGUAAGCACAACCCCCACCUGUGGACGUCGGGCCCUCAUACCACCCUCAUGGAGUCUGUUUCUGACAUUUGAGCAGACACAUGCACAUUUGUGGCCUGCUGGAGGUCAUUUUGCAGGGCUCUGGCAGUGCUUCUCCUGCUCCUCCUUGCACAAAGGCAGAGGUAGCAGGGUUGUUGCCCUCCUACGGCCUCCUCCAUGUCUCCUGAUGUACUGGCCUGUCUCCUGGUAGUGCCUCCAUGCUCUGGACACUACGCUGACAGACACAGCAAACCUUCUUGCCACAGCUCGCAUUGAUGUGCCAUCCUGGAUGAGCUGCACUACCUGAGCCAUUUGUGUGGGUUGUAGACUCCGUCUCAUGCUACCACUAGAGUGAAAGCACCGCCAGCAUUCAAAAGUGACCAAAACAUCAGCCAGGAAGCAUAGGAACUGAGAAGUGGUCUGUGGUCACCACAUGCAAAACCAGUCCUUUAUUGGGGGUGUCUUGCUAAUUGCCUAUAAUUUCCACCGGUUGUCUAUUACAAUUGCACAACAGCAUGUGAAAUUUAUUGUCAAUCAGUGUUGCUUCCUAAGUGGACAGUUUGAUUUCACAGAAGUGUAUUUGAUACACUGCCGAUUUUGCAGGUUUUCCUACUUACAAAGCAUGUAGAGGUCUGUAAUUAUUAUCAUAGGUACACUUCAACUGUGAGAGACGGAAUCUAAAACAAAAAUCCAGAAAAUCACAUUGUAGGAUUUUUAAGUAAUUCAUUUGCAUUUUAUUGCAUGACAUAAGUAUUUGAUACAUCAGAAAAGCAGAACUUAAUAUUUGGUACAGAAACCUUUGUUUGCAAUUACAGAGAUCAUACGUUUCCUGUAGGUCUUGACCAGGUUUGCACACACUGCAGCAGGGAUUUUUGCCCACUCGUCCAUACAGACCUUCUCCAGAUCCUUCAGGUUUCGGGGCUGUCGCUGGGCAAUACAGACUUUCAGCUCCCUCCAAAGAUUUUCUAUUGGUUUCAGGUCUGGAGACUGGCUAGGCCACUCCAGGACCUUGAGAUGCUUCUUACGGAGCCACCCCUUCGUUGCCAUGGCUGUGUGUUUCGGGUCGUUGUCAUGAUGGAAGACCCAGCCACGAUCCAUCUUCAAUGUUCUUACUGAGGGAAGGAGGUUGUUGGCCAAGAUCUCGCGAUACAUGGCCCCAUCCAUCCUCCCCUCAAUACGGUGCAGUCGUCCUGUCCCCUUUGCAGAAAAGCAUCCCCAAAGAAUGAUGUUUCCACCUCCAUGCUUCACGGUUGGGAUGGUGUCUUGGGGUUGUACUCAUCCUUCUUCUUCCUCCAAACACGGUGAGUGGAGUUUAGACCAAAAAACUAUAUUUUAGUCUCACCAGACCACAUGACCUUCUCCCAUUCCUCCUCUGGAUCAUCCAGAUGGUCAUUGGCAAACUUCAGACGGGCCUGGAUAUGCGCUGGCUUGAGCUGGGGGAUCUUGCGUGCGCUGCAGGAUUUUAAUCCAUGACGGCGUAGUGUGUUACUAAUGGUUUUCUUUGAGACUGUGGUCCCAGCUCUCUUCAGGUCAUUGACCAGGUCCUGCCGUGUAGUUCUGGGCUGAUCCCUCACCUUCCUCAUGAUCAUUGAUGCCCCACGAGGUGAGAUCUUGCAUGGAGCCCCAGACCGAGGGUGAUUGACCGUCAUCUUGAACUUCUUCCAUUUUCUAAUAAUUACGCCAACAGUUGUUGCCUUCUCACCAAGCCACUUGCCUAUUGUCCUGUAGCCCAUCCCAGCCCUGUGCAGGUCUACAAUUUUAUCCCUGAUGUCCUUACACAGCUCUCUGGUCUUGGCCAUUGUGGAGAGGUUGGAAUCUGUUUGAUUGAGUGUGUGGACAGGUGUCUUUUAUACAGGUAACGAGUUCAAACAGGUGCAGUUAAUACAGGUAAUGAGUGGAGAACAGGAGGGCUUCUUAAAGAAAAACUAACAGGUCUGUGAGAGCCGGAAUUCUUACUGGUUGGUAGGUGAUCAAAUACUUAUGUCAUGCAAUAAAAUCCAAAUUAAUUACUUAAAAAUCAUACAAUGUGAUUUUCUGGAUUUUUGUUUUAGAUUCCGUCUCUCACAGUUGAAGUGUACCUAUGAUAAAAAUGACAGACCUCUACAUGCUUUGUAAGUAGGAAAACCUGCAAAAUCGGCAGUGUAUCAAAUACUUGUUCUCCCCACUGUAUAAUCUCCAGGGCCAGGAUAAAGUGACUAAGGGGGCAAUUGAAAUCGGAGUGUGGGCAACAUUUUUGGGGGUUCUUGCUUUAGAAUGAUAUUGAUUUCUGUUUAUAUCACGUUAUACUACUAUAAACAUAAAGUUAAAAUGCCCAGACUCUGAGAUCAUUGAGUGCUUUUAAAGUGACAAUCAGGCUACAGAUUUUGUGACAACCUAUCUCCGCUGCAAUGUAUCAGCACAAUGGACAGUGCCCUGUGCCCUACACACUAAAGCAAGGCCGUUUUGGUAAUGAAUAUAGGCUACAAGAUAGAUAGACUGUUUGUAAUAGCUGUCUUACCAAAAUAAUGCAAACUAAAUGCUGAAUAGUAGUUUAACUGCGAAUGCAAACGAAUGAAUGCGAACAGAACAAAACAGCGGUACAAAGUAGUAGUAGGCCUAGUAAACAAAAUAUCAGAUCGAUAAAGGCAUGACACUAUCUAUAUUUAGGCUAGUUACAUUAACAGUAAACAAAUGCAGUAAACAAAAGGCGAAUGGAGAUCCAAAUAACCAAAACAUAGCAUACUACAGUGGAAUGCAGCCAUGCACAGCUGUCUUGCCAAAUAAAUAGGCCUAUACUGGCCCGCUUCAAACAUGGAAAAUCAUGCCGCUCGCUCAUGAGUUCAGUAACACGUUGUGAUAUGGCACAAUACACUUCUGUAAAUCAAAUUCGACACACGUAACCAAUUAAGCAAUGCCAGCCUACCAUAAACACGUUUCCAAUAUAUACAGUUCCAUUUACAACCACGAAAACCAAUAGGCUACCAAGAAAACCAUAACAGAAUGUAUCUAGUUAUAUGAUUAAACAUACUAUAUGUAGCUAUACCCAGGGGCAUAAUUUGGGUUCUUGCAUUUGAAUUAUAUUGAAUUCUGCUUAAAUCACGCUAUACCACAAUGAACAUAAAAGUUCAAAUGCUUUUGACCAAUAAGUAACAGGUUGGCGCAAAAUCUCCACUGCGCUCUAUCAGCACCAUGGACAGCACCCUACACACUAAAGCAAGACUAAACCAACCAGCUAGAUUUUUUCUUACCUUUCAGGAACAGUUGCAGCCUCCUUGAUGCUCUGUGGAUCUUCCUGAGUAAUCGAUCAUUCCAUUCUCCCCGAAAUCUUCUUGUAAGAUCCCCCUCGAAUACCAGUUGGCUUAGUUGAGCUUUCCUCAGGUGUAUCAUGCUUCUUCUGUGCUGACUGAACACAUUUGUCAAAGUGGAAAAUGAGUUCUCGCAUGUAGCUUCCUCAGUGACAAUCUCACUCAUGAGCCCUAUGAUUUCAUUUUGAAUAUCGUGUGAUGUGUAUGUGGCAUUGUGGGGUAUGGUGCUAAACACCUUGACAAGUUCCUUGUCUAUUCAGAAAGUAUAUUCCGUCAUAGACAGAAAAAGUCCACUGCCCCCCUCCCCUCUUGACUCUAUCGUAUCCAAUGUCCCCCUCAGUGAUUGCUGGUUUGAAACAAGGAACUCAAUAACGUCCACAGUCGCCGAAACAUACGAUUUCUUAACAAGUGUUGACACCUCAGUACCCAAACUUUUUUCUUCUUCUCCACAAUGCAGUGCAUUUCAAAUACUAUUUGCUUAAUGUGUGCCUAGAGAAUCCUUUGGUACUAUCAAUAGCAUGCUUCCAGUUAGAAUACCCAGCUUGGGUGAAGGACUUGUUUGCGUUAGCAUUGGACCCAACACAGAACUUUCGACAUGGGAAACAAAAUGUCGCAUCUGCAGUAACUGAGUAUUCCAGCCACUCUCUUCCUAUGAACCAGUUGCUAUUAAAUAAAUGUUUUGGGGCAGAAAACCUUAGGCUAUGGUAGGAUUCUAGGCUAACCUGGGCUGGCUCCUCUGUUCCAAGAUCGUCAGGAACAGUAGAAGGUGGAGGGGGCUGUGGAGCCAUUAUCCUGGUGGCAUUUGUGGAAGAGGGGAAAGGCUCUGCACUCAGAGCUAGCUAGAGCUCGGCAGCAUCAUCGCUGCUGGGCUUGGCAGCGGCCUCAGUGGUUUGAUGCUGCUGCUCAUCGCUCUCCGUUGGCUUUGUUUGGGUACUUUGGCGAAGCCAAUUUCUGUUACCCAUCUUGGCAGUGGCAGAUUAGCUGGUUCGAGCUAGCUAAAUAGGCUAAAGCUAAUAACACUAACACUUUUUACAGCUGGAUAAGAAGCUAACUAAACUCUGUAGUGGUGUGGGGUGUGAGACAGAGCUUCAAUGGUAAACUUGACCCCGCCCUUAUAAAUCAAAUAUUACAGGCGGAGCCGUAUCACAUUAUACACUUAGCCUACCACAGAGAUGAGAAGCGUUUUCCCACCGCUUUUAUAGAAACCCAAAGGAGUAAUACAUAACCGCCCCAGUGGCAUUCCAUAGUCCCCCUACACACCGCAGCGCACUCUGUCCAUUGUGCUGACACUGUCCAUUGUGCUGACACUGUCCAUUGUGCUGACACUGUCCAUUGUGCUGACACUCUGUCCAUUGUGAUGACACUCUGUCCAUUGUGCUGAUACUCUGUCCAUUGUGCUGACACAGUGCAGCGGAGAUACAGGUUUUUCACCAACCUGUCACGCAAUCAUUUGAAACUUCUUUGCUAUUUUUAUAUAGGGACAUGAAACUAAAACUGAGGGGGCACAAAUUUCAACUGAGGGGGCUAAGCUCCCUUUUGCCCCCUAGUGGAGCUGGGUACGCCCUCACCCCUCCCUCUCUCUGUCAUUCUCCCUUUCUCUCUCUAGCUGAAUGCCUGGGUAUCCGGAUUCAGAAGUGGAUUACUAUUCUGUUCACUAACUAAGGUACAUUUAACACGUCUUAUGGCAUGCCAACUGGUGAUCUGCUUUCCUGAGAUGAAUAAAGAAAUGGUGGGGAUUCCGGGGGGUACCCCCACCCAGGUAGUGGCAGUGCUGGCAACACUGGCUGCAGUAAAACCCCUGGGGAGGGGUUCAACACUCUGACAAACAGAGAGGGGGCUUAUCAUUGUGGCCCAGGUGGCACAAAAUAAUCAAAGGUCUGACUGCACAGAGAUGCUUGGGAAAAAUGGUUACAACGGGGGACCAGAGUGUUUGUGUCUCAGGUGAAGAGGGUGGAUCCGAUCUCCAUCACCUAGGACUUGACAUAGAUUAAUCAAAUCUCACAUUGUUGUCAAUUUUUGCUCAAUCUUGCAUGCUUUCUCAAACAGCUGUAACUGUAUAUUCGUAUAUGCAUUCGUAAAUCAGGUCCUUUCUUGAGUUGGGCUCUGGGAUGUAACAACCGUUGAGCAUCUAAUUUUAUGGUUGAUUGUGGAGGAAAGGGGUUGAGUGUGUUAGAGUAUGUGCGUGUGUGUUUAUCCCACAUCUGUUGCAAGGGGGGUAAGGAUGUUAGGGAGAAUAUAGGAUGAACCACAAUAAUUGUUUGCUAAAAUAAUAAUUGCUUGUCAAAAAUGUAAUGUAAUACAAUGGCAAUCCAGGUUAUAGGUUAAAAUCCUACGCAUGAACUGCCGACAUUAUUACGCAUAUUAAUUGAUAAUGAUGGAAAAUAAGAUAUGCAAGAUAUUUGAAUAGAUAUAUAUUUUUAAAUAGCUACAGUGAGGGAAAAAAGUAUUUGAUCCCCUGCUGAUUUUGUACGUUUGCCCACUGACAAAGAAAUGAUCAGUCUAUAAUUUUAAUGGUAGGUUUAUUUGAACAGUGAGAGACAGAAUAACAACAAAAAAAUCCAGAAAAACGCAUGUCAAAAAUGUUAUAAAUUGAUUUGCAUUUUAAUGAGAAAGAAAGAUUUCUGGCUCCCAGGUGUCUUUUAUACACGUAACGAGCUGAGAUUAGGAGCACACUCUUAAAGGGAGUGCUCCUAAUCUCAGUUUGUUACCUGUAUAAAAGACACCUGUCCACAGAAGCAAUCAAUCAAUCAGAUUCCAAACUCUCCACCAUGGCCAAGAACAAUGAGCUCUCCAAGGAUGUCAGGGACAAGAUUGUAGACCUACAGUGAGGGAAAAAAGUAUUUGAUCCCCUGCUGAUUUUGUACGUUUGCCCACUGACAAAGACAUGAUCAGUCUAUAAUUUUAAUGGUAGGUUUAUUUGAACAGUGAGAGACAUCCUUGGAGAGCUCUUUGGUCUUGGCCAUGGUGGAGAGUUUGGAAUCUGAUUGAUUGAUUGCUUCUAUGGACAGGUGUCUUUAAUACAGGUAACAAACUGAGAUUAGGAGCACUCCCUUUAAGAGUGUGCUCCUAAUCUCAGCUCGUUACCUGUAUAAAAGACACCUGGGAGCCAGAAAUCUUUCUGAUUGAGAGGGGGUCAAAUACUUAUUUCCCUCAUUAAAAUGCAAAUCAAUUUAUAACAUUUUUGACAUGCGUUUUUCUGGAUUUUGUUGUUGUUAUUCUGUCUCUCACUGUUCAAAUAAACCUACCAUUAAUAUUAUAGACUGAUAAUUUCUUUGUCAGUGGGCAAACGUACAAAAUCAGCAGGGGAUCAAAUACUUUUUUCCCUCACUGUAUAUACUGAGAUCAUGUGACAGAUCAUGUGACACUUAGAUUGCACACAGGUGGACUUUAUUUAACUAAUUAUGUGACUUCUGAAGGUAUUUGUGUCUCCAGAUCUUAUUUAGGGGCUUCAUAGCAAAGGGGGGGAAUACAUAUGCAUGCACCACUUUUCCGUUAUUAGUUUUUUGAAACAAGUUAUUUUUUUCAUUUCACUUCACCAAUUUGGACUAUUUUGUGUAUGUCCAUUACAUGAAAUUUAAAUUACAGGUUGUAAUGCAACAACAUAGGAAAAACGCCAAGGGGGAUGAAUACUUUUGCAAGGCACUGUAGGUUACAUUUAAAUAACAUACAGUAGGUUUGAUUUCUGCAAGUAAAUGAAAAAAUUAUAGAGAGUAAUGUUGUCAGAGAGAAUGAGAGAGAAGAGAGAGGGUGAGGGUGAAACUGAGGGCACAUUCAUCAGUAAAAAGGUCCUCAAUCAGCUUUCUGAAUUGGCCUAGAGGCACCAAAACAUCAAAUGUAAGAACAUUUUAAAGAUUGUUCCACACUGUGUUCUGUUUAUGUGUGUAUAGAAAAUAGAAAGGGAGUGGCAAUACCAACUGAACAUGUUUUCAUAUUUGCUUUCAUGUACAGUAUGAUUUCAAAACCUUUACACUUCUACAUUCAUGUAGUACUUAUCCAGAUCCUCAUCCCUUCUUUCUCUCUCUCCCUCUUUCUCCCUCUCCAUUCCUCUCUCCUAGAUCUGCUGGUUAAAUUAGUGGAGGAAAGGGGCAAUAUAUAUGACAGCAAGAUCAUCACAGAGGUAAGAAAAGAUGGAUGCGUGCGUGUGUGUGUGUGUGUGUGUGUGUGUGUGUGUGUGUGUGUGUGUAAAAACGAUUGGUCGCUAAAUCCAGAGAAAUUACGGACAAUGUAGAAAACUGUUAGUCACUAAAUCCGUCUAGAAGGACCACGUAAAAACGGUUGGCUGGUAUGCCCUCACCGUCUGAGCGGUCAGCGGUGAAUGCCCUCACCCGCUAUAUACUUCUAACUGAUUGGUUUGGUUCUGCCGUCUAUAGUGCUGUCCGGUUAGAACAUGAUGUUGAGGCCCAUCACUGUACUUUUGAUAGUCACCACCACACACACACACAGACACAGCUGUUUCCAUUUGAGGAUGUUUAUAUGAUUUUAGUAAUCCGAAUGACUUCGAAUCUUAUUGUUGUAAUUCUAUAAGACAAAGAUAUGCACACAUGUAAAUAGUAUUAGUUAAUGGUUAUAACUAUGCAAUAUACAUAUACAGCGCCUUCGGAAAGUAUUCAGACCUUGACUCUUUCCACAUUUUGUUACUUUACAGCCUUAUUCUAAAAUGGAUUAAAUAAAAUAAUUUCCUCAGCAAUCUACACACAAUACCCAAUAAUGAAAAAGCGAAAACAGGUUUUUAGAAUUUUUUGCAAACUUAUAUGAAAGAACACCCUUAUUUAUAUAAGUAUUCAGACCCUUUGCUAUGAGAUUCGAAAUUGAGCUCAGGUGCAUCCUUUUUCCAUUGAUCAUCCUUGAGAUGUUUCUACAACUUUAUUGGAGUCCACCUGUGGUUAUUUCAAUUGAUUGGACAUGAUUUGUAAAGGAACACACCUGUCUAUAUAAGGUCCCACAGUUGACAGUGCAUGUCAGACCAAAAACCAAGCCAUGAGGUCGAAGGAAUUGUCUGUAGAGCUCUGAGACAAGAUUGUGUCGAGGCACAGAUCUGGGGAAGGGUACCAAAACAUUUAUUCAGCAUUGAAGGUCCCCAAGAACACCGUGUCCUCAGUCUUAAAUGGAAGGAAUUUGGAGCUACCAAGACUCUUCCGCCCAGCAAAACUGAGCAAUCGUGGGAGAAGGGCCUUGGUCAGGGAGGUGACCAAGAACCCGAUGGUCACUCUGACAGAGCUCCAGAGUUCCUCUGUGGAGAUUGGAGAACCUUCCAGAAGGACAACCAUCUCUGCAGCACUCCACCAAUUAGGUCUUUAAGGUAGAGUGGCCAGACGGAAGCCACUCCUCAGUAAAAGGCACGUGACAGCCCGCUUGGAGUUUGCCAAAAGGCAUCUAAAGACUCUCAGACCAUGAGAAACAAGAUUAUCUGGUCUGAUGAAACCAAGAUUGAACUCUUUGGCCUGAAUGCCAAGCGUCAAGUCUGGAGAAGCUCCAAGAACUGUCUGGGGUGACUCUAGAAGCUCGCCCAUGGCAGCGAAAUAAAACACCUUAAUUAAGGCCACUAUGGAAAACGCUGUGUUAGCAUGUGCAUGCAAAGACUAUGUUUACCAAUACAAUAACUAAACCACUUCUGCAAAAGUACUUGUGCAACCAAUGCAAUAAUAACACUUAUGGCAGUAUGGAAUAAUACUACAUUCGAUAAACAAUACACAAAGCAGCAUUGGCAACUCUAACAUAAAAAAAUACUAAUAGCCAUACAGUAGGACAUAUGGCUGAAACUUAGCAAAGUAACAUGAAGUAAUUAGUGGUAAUUACCUAUUAUUACACAGCAUGUAAAAUCCCCAAUAAACCCUCCCUGCAACUUACAUUUUGAUGCACGCACAACAUUCAGACAUUCAUGUUACUGUCGACAAUGAAAACACUCUGACCUGAGUGGGAGGGUGCAGUGUCCAGAUGCGCAUUUCCAAGCUUAUUCCUCCCGUGCCUAAUCCUACCCGGCAGGGCUUAUGGGCCUCCCCGCGAGGGAGGUACACAGAUACGCGGAGACAGUCCUGGGCAGCCCCAUGGAACGCAAUGUGGGUGGGGGAGGGCCCUCUAACUCAGCUGGUGCAGGGCAGCUGGGCCCCAUCCUUAGACGCUGAGUGCAAUGACAGAGGCUGGCCACGGCUGAAGCAGGUGGCUCGCCUACUGCGGUGUAGGAAUGUGGCAUGCCGGCCACAACUGUCGUUGGCAGCUCACUGGCUGCGGCUGAGGCUGGUGACUCUUUCACCACUGCUGAAAGCGAUGACUCCCAUGGUGGAGCAUGUGGGGAUCCCUGGGCGAGGAUCAUCAGGGAUCUGGAGGCAGGGGCUGGCUGGGCCCCAGAGACGAGGUCAGGUGGUCUCCCACAUGGGAAGGGCUGAGGGUCGUCCAAGGCAGGGGGCCCCCCAGAAAUAGAGACAGCAGGCCCACCGGAUCAGGGAACGGUGGUUCCCCCAGGUCAGGGAGCUGAGGGCCUAGCAGAGCAGGGGACUUGGAACCCACUACUAAAUAUGAGGACUUCAAGCCAGGUAUGAUGGGAGGCUGAAAACCUAGCCGAGCAUGGAUCGUAUAGUCUAGCGCUAGUAUAGGCGACGGGGUACAGGCUGAGGGCUGUGAACGGUCUAAUUGCACACCUAGAGGAGGAGAUAACUCUGGGUCUAGCGGGACGGGUUUGGCGUGUAGCACUGAGGGAGCUGACUGUUUGCCGACUGAGGCUGGGGGCUGCGGACCAACUGAGGGCAGAUGCUGCAGACCUAAUGGGGCAGAGAACCUAUAGCCUGGCGGAGCAGUGGACUGAGGGCCGACUAGAGCUGGAGACCGCAAAACUAGAACGUCUGAAGGCUCGGAUCCUAGUGCUGAUAACUUUGGGCCUGACAGGGAAGCUGACUCUGGACCUGACAGGGAGAACAACUCUGGACCUGACAGGGAGAACGACUCUGGACCUGACAGGGAGAACGACCCUGGACCUGACAGGGAGAACGACCCUGGACCUGACAGGGAGAACGACCCUGGACCUGACAGGGAGAACGACCCUGAACCUGACAGGGAGAACGACCCUGAACCUGACAGGGAGAACGACCCUGAACCUGACAGGGAGAACGACCCUGAACCUGACAGGGAGAAAGACCCUGAACCUGACAGGGAGAAAGACCCUGAACCUGACAGGGAGAACGACCCUGAACCUGACAGGGAGAAAGACCCUGAACCUGCCAGGGAGAACGAAUCUGGACCUGCCAGGGAAAUUGAUGUUGGACCUGACAGGGAAACUGACUCUGGACCUGACAGGGAGAACAGCUCUGAACUAGGGCUGUGGCGGUCAUGAAAUUCUAUCAGCCAGUGAUUCGUCAAGCAAAUAACUGCCAGUGUCACGGUAAUUGACCAUUCAUUAACAUAAACACAUUUAGCAUCUCCUGGCUUCCACGCAUAGCCUACAAGCCACUGAUGCAGACCUUUGGAACAUCUGCGUUUAAAAAAGUAUAAUAAAUCCAUGUAAUAUAGCCUACACCAUCACAAUAAAUCUAGACAGGUCUAAAGAAACAUGAUAUGAAGAAAAUGUAGUCUAUUUCAGAAGAACAGAAUAGCAUACUCUGCGUUGUCCUUAUGUUGGGAUUUGAUCUGGCUAUGCCAUAUGGCUGUGGGCUACACUAGUUAAUUUAGCAGGCAAGAUUUGCUUAGAAUUCCAUGGCAUUAUUUUAUAGUAGGAAGAAUACAAUUUAACAUAGCUGAGUAAAAUAGAAAAUAUAUUUUCUCCAAACGAUUUGAGGGAGUGCGCACAUGAGGCAAUUCUGUGUUGAGCAGUUAACAAAGAAACAGGUACUCCUAUACAGUGGCUUGCGAAAGUAUUCACCCCCCUUGGCAUUUUUCCUAUUUUGUUGCCUUACAACCUGGAAUUAAAAUUGAUUUUUGGGGGAUUUGUAUCAUUUGAUUUACACAACAAGCCUACCACUUUAAAGAUGCAAAAUAUGUUUUCUUCUGAAACAAACAAGAAAUAAGACAAAAAAACAAUGCAUAACUAUUCACCCCCCCCCCCCCCCCCCCCCCCCCCCAAUGUCAAUACUUUGUAGAGCCACCUUUUGCAGCAAUUACAGCUGAAAGUAUUUUGGGCUAUGUCUCUAUAAGCUUGGCCCAUCUAGCCACUGGGAUUUUUGCCCAUUCUUCAAGGCAAAACUGCUCCAGCUCCUUCAAGUUGGAUGGGUUCUGCUGGUGUACAGCAAUCUUUAAGUCAUACCACAGAUUCUCAAUUGGAUUGAGGUCUGGGCUUUGACUAGGCCAUUCCAAGACAUUUAAGUGUUUCCCCUUAAACCACUCGAGUGUUGCUUUAGCAAUAUGCUUAGGGUCAUUGUCCUGCUGGAAGGUGAACCUCCGUCCCAGUCUCAAAUCUCUGGAAGACUGAAACAGGUUUCCCUCAAGGAAUUCCAUGUAUUUAGCGCCAUCCAUCAUUCCUUCAAUUCUGACCAGUUUCCCAGUCCCUGCCGAUGGAAAAACAUCCCCACAGCAUGAUGCUACCACCAUGCUUCACUGUGGGGAUGGUGUUCUCGGGGUGAUGAGAAGUGUUGGGUUUGCGCCAGACAUAGCAUUUUCCUUGAUGGCCAAAAAGCUAAAUUUUAGUCUCAUCUGACCAGAGUACCUUCUUCUAUAUGUUUGGGGAGUCUCCCACAUGCCUUUUGGCGAACACCAAACGUGUUUGCUUAUUUUUUUCUUUAAGCAAUUAGUUUUUUCUGGACACUCUUCCGUGAAGCCCAACUCUGUGGAGUGUAUGGCUUAAAGUGGUCCUAUGGACAGAUACUCCAAUCUCCGCUGUGGAGCUUUGCAGCUCCUUCAGGGUUAUCUUUGGUCUCUUUGUUGCCUCUCUGAUUAAUGGCCUCCUUGCCUGGUCCGUGAGUUUUGGUGGGCGGCCCUCUCUUGGCAGGUUUGUUGUGGUGCCAUAUUCUUUCCAUUUCUUAAUAAUGGAUUUAAUGGUGCUCCGUGGGAUGUUCAAAGUUUAGGAUUUUUUUUUAUAACCCAACCCUGAUCUGUACUUCUCCAGAACUUUGUCCCUGACCUGUUUGGAGAGCUCAUUGGUCUUCAUGGUGCCACUUGCUUGGUGGUGCCCCUUGCUUAGUGGUGUUGCAGACUCGCGAUACAUGGCCCCAUCCAUCCUCCCCUCAAUACGGUGCAGUCGUCCUGUCCCCUUUGCAGAAAAGCAUCCCCAAAGAAUGAUGUUUCCACCUCCAUGCUUCACGGUUGGGAUGGUGUUCUUGGGGUUGUACUCAUCCUUCUUCUUCCUCCAAACACGGCGAGUGGAGUUUAGACCAAAAAGCUCUAUUUUUGUCUCAUCAGACCACACGACCUUCUCCAAUUCCUCCUCUGGAUCAUCCAGAUGGUCAUUGGCAAACUUCAGACGGGCCUGGACAUGCGCUGGCUUGAGCAGGGGGACCUUGCGUGCGCUGCAGGAUUUUAAUCCAUGACGGCGUAGUGUGUUACUAAUGGUUUUCUUUGAGACUGUGGUUCUAGCUCUCUUCAGGUCAUUGACCAGGUCCUGCCGUGUAGUUCUGGGCUGAUCCCUCACCUUCCUCAUGAUAAUUGAUGCCCCACGAGGUGAGAUCUUGCAUGGAGCCCCAGACCGAGGGUGAUUGACCGUCAUCUUGAACUUCUUCCAUUUUCUAAUAAUUGCGCCAACAGUUGUUGCCUUCUCACCAAGCUGCUUGCCUAUUGUCCUGUAGCCCAUCCCAGCCUCGUGCAGGCCUACAAUUAUAUCCCUGAUGUCCUUACACAGCUCUCUGGUCUUGGCCAUUGUGGAGAGGUUGGAAUCUGUUUGAUUGAGUGUGUGGACAGGUGUCUUUUAUACAGGUAACGAGUUCAAACAGGUGCAGUUAAUACAGGUAAUGAGUGGAGAACAGGAGGGCUUCUUAAAGAAAAACUAACAGGUCUGUGAGAGCCGGAAUUCUUACUGGUUGGUAGGUGAUCAAAUACUUAUGUCAUGCAAUAAAAUGCAAAUUAAUUACUUAAAAAUCAUACAAUGUUAUUUUCUGGAUUUUUGUUUUAGAUUCCGUCUCUCACAGUUGAAGUGUACCUAUGAUAAAAAUUACAGACCUCUACAUGCUUUGUAAGUAGGAAAACCUGCAAAAUCGGCAGUGUAUCAAAUACUUGUUCUCCCCACUGUAUAUAAAGCUGAUGGGAUCCUCCUCUUUUUAAUAGAGGCCAUCACUCUGUUUUUUCAUGCAAUUGCAUAGCCUAUAGAAAUGUUGCACAACAUGUGCUCAUGUGCUCUCAUGAAGUGUUUGAUUAGAUUUUCGAUUACAUUUGCAUUGAUGUCAGAGUGAUUAAAGGGACAAUAGAGUGCGGAGUACCAGGCAGUUAGCAAGUUUGGUAGGCUACUAAUGACCAUCAGCAGCAUCAGAGCUUGGAGAAGCCUAAUUACUGUGACUAAACGGUCACAUGGAAUUUGACUCCCAUCAUUACUCGUGACCACUGGUGUGGCGGUAAUACGGUCACCGUUAUAGUGCUAGCAGGUGGAGCCAGCAGGGACUCCAGGCCUGGGACCGGCAGGUCCCACCAGGCUAUGACUGGAGAUGUCUUUGUGGCGGAAGGUUCCAGGGUUGCAGACAGUCGAACCUCUGGCACCUGAGCGUCUGCCUCGACUAGCAGGGGAUCCCCACUGGGAGGAGAGGACGACUCCGCAGCGACAACCAGAACAGGCCCCAUGGCAGCUGUUGGCUGUGGCUCCACGACUGGAGCGGAUCUCGUUAACUCUGGCUAGUUGAGGAGCUGGAUGAGCAGGGUGCAGACCUUGGUGUCGUGGACUGUGCACUCUAGAGGACCAUGUAUAAAUUAUUGGUCGCUAAAUCCAGAGAAAUGACGGACCAUGUAAAAAACUGUUAGUCACUAAAUCCAUCUAGAAGGACCACGUAAAAACGGUUGGCUGGUAUGCCCUCACCCGUCUGAGCGGUCGGCUGAGAAUGCCCGCACCCGCUAUAUACUUCUAACUGAUUGGUUUGGUUCUGCCCUCUAUAGUGCUGUCCGGUUAGAACAUGAUGUUGAGGCCCAUCACUGUGCUCUUGAUAGUCACCACCACACACACACACAGACACAGCUGUUUCCAUUUGAGGAUGUUUAGAUGAUUUUAGUAAUCCGAAUGACUUGGAAUCUUAUUGUUGUGGUUCUAUAAGACAAAGAUAUGCACACAUGUAAAUAGUAUUAGUUAGUGGUUAUAACUAUGCAAUAUACAUAUAUGUACGUGAAUAAAUGGCAAAUUGCAUUACACAUACAACAGGUCUACAAAGGGCUAUAAACACAGCAUCUAUAUCAGGGGUGUCAAACGUCCGGCCCGUGGGCCGGAUCAGGCCCGCAAACGGGUUUAAUCCGGCCCGCGAGAUGAUAAAAAAUAAUAAUAAUUGUAAAGUAUAAAAAUGCGCUGCAAUUUUUCAAAAAAAUAAACUGCUGUUCCAAUUGCGUCCACUGGAUGGCGCAAUAGCAAUUGUGUUAAGCAAGCAAACUGUUUAUACCGGGGCAGAGCAAGUAGGUCAAGCACGUGCAGCCAAUGAGCUACUUUGUUUUGCCCGCGAUAUUUAUUACGGCUUCUACUUUUAACAUUAUGUGCUUUGGCACCCUCAUUGCCCCAAUAUGUCUCUGUCAAAAAAGAGAAAAGUGGACGCAGAGUGUUCCAAGAAAAAUGGUCAUCCUAUUUAUUCACAGAAUUGAAUGGGAAAGCUGUAUGUUUGGUGUGUUCAGAGCAUGUUGCAGUGCUGAAAGAAUAUAACCUUUGUCGCCACUAUGUGAGUCUUCAUGCCAACAAAUAUGACAACUUUCAAGGACAGCGGAGAUGAGAGAAGGUGAAUGAACUGUUGGCGGGUCUGAAGAAACAGCAGUCUGUGUUUACUCACAGCCGAGACAUCAGUGACGCUGCAGUGAAAGCUAGCUACCUCAUUGCUAAUGAAAUCGCAGUGGCUUCAAAACCAUUUAGUGAGGGUGAAUUUGUAAAAACAUGCAUGAUGAAGGCAGCGGAGAUUGUGUGCCCUGAAAAGCGGCAGGCUUUUGCAAAUAUCAGCCUGACAAGAAACACAGUUGCAGACAGGAUUUCCGAUCUUUCAGUGGAUUUGGACAGCCAGUUGAAGCAAAAAGUAAAGUCAUUUAUUGCGUUUUCGGUUGCAAUUGAUGAAAGCACGGACAUUACAGAUGUUGCACAACUGGCCAUUUUCAUCCGCGGAGUUGAUGACACAUUGACCGUCACCGAGGAGUUCGUGGAGUUGGUGCCGAUGACAGAUACAACGACAGCAGCUGAUAUUUUUACCGCACUCGUCGGCGCGCUGGACAGGGUCGGAGUGGACUGGUCCCGCGCUGUCAGCCUGGCUACAGAUGGUGCGCCCUCAAUGAUCGGGAAAAAAGCAGGCGUUGUGACAAAGUUCAGAGAGAAAGUGCAAUCUGCAAAUGGAGGACGUGAUUUUUUGACUGUUCACUGUAUUUUGCACCAGGAGGCUUUGUGUUGCAAGUCAUUAAAGAUGGAUAACGUCAUGAAGGUGGUCAUCCAAACUGUUAAUUUCAUCCGAUCCAGAAGCCUGAAUCACCGUCAGUUUGACAGCCUUCUCAGAGAGAAAUACCACAUAUAUGGCCUGCCAUACCACACUGAGGUAAGAUGGUUAAGCCGAGGUGCUGUGCUGAGGCGUUUCUUUGAUUUACGAGAAGAAAUUGAACAGUUCAUGGAAGAAAAGGGCAAACCAGUGUUAGAAUUUCAUUCCGCAGAAUGGAUGCAGGAUCUUGCAUUUAUGGUGGAUUUUACAGAGCACCUGAAUAACUUGAACAAACAGCUGCAAGGGCGCAACAAAGUUGUCACGCAAUAUUAUGACAGCAUACGUUCUUUCAAGUUGAAGCUGUCAUUGUGGGAGACGCAACUUGCCGGUGGUGAUGCAGCUCACUUCCCCUGUCUGAAAAAUGUGUGCGCGACCCAACAUGUGGCAGACAUGAAGCGGUUCAAAGAUAAAAUAACGGGACUGUUACGGGAGUUUGAGCAACGCUUUCAGAUUUAUGUUUAUAUGUUUUUAUGUUGAUAUGCUAUUGUUUUUAAUUGAUUUUAUUUUAUUUGUAUAUUUAACCUAUUCUUGACUCUGUGGUUCUUGCACUUGUUUGGGGAACAGGAUUUCAUUAUUUUUAUCUACAUUUCUGCCUGAGAAAUGACACCCUGAUAUAUUUCUGUGAUCUGUGAAACAGUUCUGUUAAUCACUGAGGCAUUGUGUGUUUGUGUGUUCUUUUUCUUUAGAAUUUUCAAAUAAACUUGACGUGUUUUAUGAUUAAUAGUGAUGUUGUGCUUGUACUAUUUUGGACACACUGUCCUCAGGCUCCAGCUUUAUGUUGUAUGUUGAUCGUAUUAAAACAAAGAAAACAAUCUGAAGUUGUUGUUUUUAAGUUAUAUAUACCCUGAUUUUUCCGGUCCGGCCCACUUGGGAAUAGAUUUUCCUCCAUGUGGCCCCUGAGCUAAAAUGAGUUUGACACCCCUGAUCUAUAUAAUCAUAAACUUAAACAUUCACCUAUUGGAGAGAGAGAGAGAGAAAUCAAUUACUUGGAUUGACAAAGGGUCAAGAUUUAUGGCACCCUCUCUCUGCAGCCUUGUGUGAGAAUCUGCCAGGCUGAGACCUUAUCAGAUCUGCCCUGACGCCACAGGGUCGUAAAUUACUCUGCGCAUGAGCAAGUUCCAAGAACUGUCUGGGGUGACUAGAAGCUUGCCCAUGGCAGCGCAAUAAAACACCUUAAUUAAGGCUAAUAUGGAAAAUGCUGUGUUAGCAUGUGCAUGCAAAGACUAUGUUUACCAAUACAAUAACUAAACCACUUCUGCAAAAGUACUUGUGCAACCAAUGCAAUAAUAACACUUACGGCAGUACGGAAUAAUACUACAUACGAUAAACAAUACGCAAAGCAGCAUUGGCAACUCUAACAUGAAAGAAUACUAAUAGCCAUACAGUAGGACAUAUGGCUGAAACCUAGCAAAGUAACAUGAAGUAAUUAGUGGUAAUUACCUAUUAUUACACAGCAUGUAAAAUCCCCAAUAAAAAACCCUUGCUUGCAACUUACAUUUUGAUGUACGCAUAACAUUCAGACAUUCGUGUUACUGUCGACAAUAAAAAGUCCUCAGAAACAUGCGUCCUUCUCCCUUCUCCCGGACGACGAUAAUACUCUGACCUGAGUGGGUGGGUGCAGUGUCCAGAUGCGCAUUUCCAAGUGCUCUGAUUGGUUGGGAAUGGCAGGGCUAAAAUGGGUGAGGGAUAACUUGGGUAGGCUGAGCAGCCAAACUAACAGGACUUAAGAUAAACUAAAGGGACCUUGAGGGGAAGUUAGGUAGAGAGGAGAGGAGCAGGACAGCAUUUUUCUACAGUGUGUGUGUGUGUGGCAGAGGUGUGUGUACUAGCCACAGACACUCCCUCCUCAGUUAUCCUUUAGGCAGUAACCUGAGAGAGCUUUAUGUAAGGCACCAUACUAAGUGUGUGUGUUAACCUGUGUGUGUGUGUGUGUGUGUGUGUGUGUAUGAAUCUCCUCAGGUCCUUCUCUAUGAAGUUGGUUUCCUAGUGUGUGCUGUUAUAGGGAUUGUGUACAUUAUCCUGAUGCCCCUGGUGGGGUUCUGCCUGGCCUGCUGUCGCUGCUGUGGACACUGUGGAGGACACAUGUACCAGGAACAGACUAAAGCUGUCCACUGUCACAGGAGAGGAUUAUACUGGGCUACACUACUCACAACACUAGUCAUACUGUAAGUGUGUGCCCUGUUGAAAAACCUUUGCUGUGUUUUUGAGGUGCUUUCGUUGUGUUUUCGUGGUGAUCAGCCUUCGCGGUGUUUUGCUGGUGACCAAAAUAUCACUUAGGGCCCCCAAAAUGCUAGGGCCGGCUCUGACUGCAUGUGUGGGUAUACAUGUGGGUAAGCAGACCCGCAAGCCACUGCAGCCCCUCAUGAUGAGUUCAGAUUUUCUGUGGCCACCACCCCCAUCAAAGUUGCCCAUCCCUGAGCUAGACCAUGCUGGACUCCCAUAGACCAGCUUGGUCACCAUCAUACCACCAUCACCAUCAUGACCUACUAUCAACAUCAUAGCUACAUUAUUGUGGAACAUUUUACUUACUAUGACUGUGAUAUGUGGUUGUCCCACCUAGCUAUCUUAACAUGAAUGCACUAACUGUAAUUCACUCUGGAUAAGAGCGUCUGCUAAAUGACUUAAAUGUGAAAUGUGUCCAAAACACAGCGAAAGCUGGUCACCAGUAUUCAAAACACAGCGAAGGCUGGUCACCAGAAAAACCAGCUAGACCAUGUUGGUCAGAUGUGCUUAACCAGCUAGACCAUGCUGGUCAAAGAACCGCUUGAUCAGCUAGACCAUGCUGGUCAGCAGGCAAAACCAGCUAGACCAUGCUGGCUAGACCAGCAUCUGACCAGCACUGACCAGCAUGGACCAGCUUGAAAUGUAUGCUAGUCUAUGCAGUCUUUUUCAGCAGUGUGUGUGUGUGUUUUUGUGUGACAGAAUAAGUGCACUCUCCAUAUGUAUUUGGACAGUGAAGCAUUUUUUAUUUUUUUAUUUGGCUCUGUACUCCAGCAGUUUAGAUUUGAGAGAAUAUUUCAUGUAAGGCAGGGUAUUUUUGAGGGUAUUUUCAUACGUAUCUGUUUUACCUUUUAAAAAUGAAAUCACUUUAUGUAUCUAGACCCCCCCAUUUGAAUAAAUCAUAAGUAUUUUGACAAAUUCACUUAUUGUGUAUUAAAGUAGGGUACAUUUUAGUAUUUGGUCCCAUAUUCUUUGCACACAAUGACUAAACCAAGCUUAUGACUCUACAAACUUCUUGGAUGCAUUUGUGGUUUGUUUUGGUUGUGUUUUCGAUGUUUUGUGUGCAAUUUUGGAGUCACUUCUAUUGUAAGUAAGAAUAGAAGGUUAAUGUGUUCUACAUUUGUGAAUAUUGAUGAGUGAGAAGGUUACAGAGGAACAAAGAUCAUACCCUCCAAAAAUCCAAACCUCCCAUGUUAUUGGUGAGAGGUUAGCAUGUUUGUUGUAGCCUCUGUAGGUUUCUCACUCAUUCAUGUUUUUUCUUAAUUAUGGCAUUAUCAGGAUUAAUUUACAAAAAUCUUAUCCACUCACUUAGAAAGAAAAUGAUUCCAGUCAUCAUUCACCAUUCGGUUACUACUGGGCAAAACAUAACUCAAAACAAACUGCAAAUGCAUUCAAUGAGUUUGUAGAGUCACAAGUUUGAUGUAGUUAUUGCGUGCAAGGAAUAUGGGACCAAAGACAAAACUUUUGACUACUUUAAUACCCUAUAAGUGAAUUUGUCCAAAUAUAUAUGACUUCUUCACAUGGGAGGACUAGAUACAUGAAGUACAUUCAUUUAUAAAUGGCAAAACAGAUACAGUGGGGGAAAAAAGUAUUUAGUCAGCCACCAAUUGUGCAAGUUCUCCCACUUAAAAAGACGAGAGAGGCCUGUAAUUUUCAUCAUAGGUACUCGUCAACUAUGACAGACAAAAUGAGAAAAAAAAUCCUGAAAAUCACAUUGUAGGAUUUUUAAUGAAUUUAUUUGCAAAUUAUGGUGGAAAAUAAGUAUUUGGUCAAUAACAAAAGUUUCUCAAUACUUUGUUAUAUACCCUUUGUUGGCAAUGACACAGGUCAAACAUUUUCUGUAAGUCUUCACAAGGUUUUCACACACUGUUGCUGGUAUUUUGGCCCAUUCCUCCAUGCAGAUCUCCUCUAGAGCAGUGAUGUUUUGGGGCUGUCGCUGGGCAACACGGACUUUCAACUCCCUCCAAAGAUGUUCUAUGGGGUUGAGAUCUGGAGACUGGCUAGGCCACUCCAGGACCUUGAAAUGCUUCUUACGAAGCCACUCCUUCGUUGCCCGGGCGGUGUGUUUGGGAUCAUUGUCAUGCUGAAAGACCCAGCCACGUUUAAUCUUCAAUGCCCUUGCUGAUGGAAGGAGGUUUUCACUCAAAAUCUCACGAUACAUGGCCCCAUUCAUUCUUUCCUUUACACGGAUCAGUCGUCCUGGUCCCUUUGCAGAAAAACAGCCCCAAAGCAUGAUGUUUCCACCCCCAUGCUUCACAGUAGGUAUGGUGUUCUUUGGAUGCAACUCAGCAUUCUUUGUCCUCCAAACACGACGAGUUGAGUUUUUACCAAAAUGUUAUGUUUUGGUUUCAUCUGACCAUAUGACAUUCUCCCAAUCCUCUUCUGGAUCAUCCAAAUGCACUCUAGCAAACUUCAGACGGGCCUGGACAUGUACUGGCUUAAGCAGGGGGACACGUCUGGCACUGCAGGAUUUGAGUCCCUGGCGGCGUAGUGUGUUACUGAUGGUAGGCUUUGUUACUUUGGUCCCAGCUCUCUGCAGGUCAUUCACUAGGUCCCCCCGUGUGGUUCUGGGAUUUUUGCUCACCGUUCUUGUGAUCAUUUUGACCCCACGGGGUGAGAUCUUGCGUGGAGCCCCAGAUCGAGGGAGAUUAUCAGUGGUCUUGUAUGUCUUCCAUUUCCUAAUAAUUUCUCCCACAGUUGAUUUCUUCAAAACAAGCUGCUUACCUAUUGCAGAUUCAGUCUUCCCAGCCUGGUGCAGGUCUACAAUUUUGUUUCUGGUGUCCUUUGACAGCUCUUUGGUCUUGGCCAUAGUGGAGUUUGGAGUGUGACUGUUUGAGGUUGUAGACAGCUGUCUUUUAUACUGAUAACAAGUUCAAACAGGUGCCAUUAAUACAGGUAACGAGUGGAGGACAGAGGAGCCUCUUAAAGAAGAAGUUACAGGUCUGUGAGAGCCAGAAAUCUUGCUUGUUUGUAGGUGACCAAAUACUUAUUUUCCACCAUAAUUUGCAAAUAAAUUCAUUACAAAUCCUACAAUGUUAUUUUCUGGGAGAAAAAAAUUCUCAAUUUGUCUGUCAUAGUUGACGUGUACCUAUGAUGAAAAUUACAGGCCUCUCUCAUCUUUUUAAGUGGGAGAACUUGCACAAUUGGUGGCUGACUAAAUACUUUUUUUCCCCCACUGUAUGUAUGAAAAUACCCACAAAUAUAAGGUACAUACUGUACUGUUGCUUAAUAUUAAACAUUUGAUCUGAAAUCCAAAAUGCUGGAGUAUAGAGCCAAAUAACUUUUUUUUUGCUUCACUGUCCAAAUACAUAUGGAGGGGAGUGUAUUUGGAUAUGAAGUGAAACAAACUAACUUUUCUGUGCAUGCGUGUAUUUGUGUGCGUGCAUUCGUGUGUGUGUGUGUGUGUGUGUGUGUGUGUGUGUGUGUAGUGCAGGGAACAUCUGCAUGUUCUUCAGUAACCAGUUACUGAAAGUGAGUGUCAAGGACAGCUCUGUAGAACUCAGCAAUACACUGGACAACCUCCAAACCUACCUCACCGCUGUCCCACAGGUAAGUGUUUGUGUGUGAGAGAACUUUCCUAUUAUUUCCAGAAGGGAAAACCAAAAUAAUGAAUGAAGUAGAACUAAGACCAGUUUAGUUUAGUUUUUUUGUUUAUAAAACGUUAGAUAUAGCUGAAAGUAGCAGCUGUAUAUGUUUGAAUGGGUACACACAUUUAGUAAACAUAUUCCAUAUUCUCUGCUGUUAAGUAUCCUGUAAUAAAUUACUUGGAUGGCUUGUCACUUAUCUUCUGUUGACACACAACCACCUAUAGAUCAGUUACUGACCUAAAGCUUCUAUUCACAGUUAGUACAUAAACCACCCCACCUACCAUCAAUUUCCUCCUAGAGAGCAGCUACACACACACAAACACACACACACACACACACACACACACAUACACCAUUAGUCUCCCAUUCACCUUAAUCAUUAACUGGCCGUCCAGCCUGCACUGUGAACACAUUUAUCUGAUACAACAGAGGGAGAGGGGACAGUGGGAAUGAGGGAGGUAGAAAGCAGGAGAAGGGUGAUGAAGGCAGGGAGGAUAGAGAGGCAAAGGGGGAUACCUAGUCAGUUAUACAACUGAAUGCAUUCAAUUGAAAUGUGUCUUCCGCAUUUAACUGAGAGACUCAGAGAAAGGGAGAGAGGGUGAGACGGUGGUGAGGGAGAGAAAGGGGGAGAGAGGGAUAAGGUAAUGGUCGGGCAGGGUUGUGUGGUAAAUCACUUUGGCUUUCGGUAGUGGCUUUGAUGUUUCGGUGCAUAGUUUCAGUAUUUGUGUUUAAAUGUGUUUGAGGGAGUCUUGCAAGUUUAUGUCGUCUCUCCUUUAUCUAAGUGUGUUUGUCUCCUGUCUCUCAUCAGCAAAUUGACAGUGUGCUGAUGGAGAGCAAUAAGACAGUGGAUGAGGUUACCAGAAACCUCAAUGGUGAGUACCUGAGCUUAUAGAUCAGGGUUCCCAAAAAGGUGGCCCGCGGUUGAUUUUAUUUGGCCCCCUCAAGUUUUCUGUGCAAAAAAAACAGCUGCAAGUGAUUUUAAAUUUGGAAAUCUGUUCCGAAGUAAUCCCAAGGAUAAUAGAGAGACGUGAUCGUAUACAAAUGUAAGGUUUGAAAUGAUUAUGUUUAGUCAAAUAUUAUAUCUGUUUGGGCUUAUUGCAGUCAAUUUGCAGUCUACAAAUUAUUUGUAUUUAUGUUCCGGCCACCCGACCAUACGCUCAAGAAAAUAUUGUCCCGCUGCUGAAUCUAGUUGAUGAUCCCAGUUCUAGAUAGUCACAUAAUGCGUGCAAAAGUUCUGCAAAGUACAAAUGCACUGAAACAAUUAUGUCAAUUGUUGUUCUGACUCAGAAGAGACUGCCAUCCACCAUUUGAGAAACACUGGUCAACAAUUACAUACAGUUGAAGUUUACAUACACUUAGGUUGGAGACAUUAAAACUUGUUUUUCAACCACUCCACCAAUUUCUUGUUAAUAAACUAUAGUUUUGGCAAGUCGGUUAGGACAUCUACUUUGUGCAAGACACCAAGUCAUUUUUCCAACAAUUGUUUACAGACAGAUUUUUUCACUUAUAAUUCACUGUAUCACAAUUCCAGUGGGUCUGAAGUUUACAUACACUAUGUUGACUGUGCCUUUAAACAGCUUGGAAAAUUCCAGAAAAUGAUGGCAUGGCUUUAGAAGCUUCUGCACAUGGGGACAAAGAUCUUACUUUUUGGAGAAAUGUCCUCUGGUCUGAUGAAACAAAAAUAGAAUUGUUUGGCCAUAAUGACCAUCGUUAUGUUUGGAGGAAAAAGGGGAAGGCUUGCAAGCCGAAGAACACCAUCCCAACCGUGAAGCACGGGGGUGGCAGCAUCAUGCUGUGGGGGUGCUUUGCUGCAGGAGGGACUGGUGCACUUCACAAAAUAGAUGGCAUCCUGAGGAAGGAAAAUUAUUAUAUUGAAGCAACAUCUCAAGACAUCAGUCAGAAAGUUAAAGCUUGGUUGCAAAUGGGUCUUCCAAAUGGACAAUGACCCCAAGCAUACUUCCAAAGUUGUGGCAAAAUGGCUUAAGGACAACAAAGUCAAGGUAUUGGAGUGGCCAUCACAAAGCUCUGACCUCAAUCCUAUAGAACAUUUGUGGGCAGAACUGAAAAAGCGUGUGUGAGCAAGGAGGCCUACAAACCGGACUCAGUUACACCAGCUCUGUCAGGAGGAAUGGGCCAAAAUUCACCCAACUUAUUGUGGGAAGCUUGUGGAAGGCUACCCGAAACGUUUGACCCAAGUUAAACAAUUUAAAGGCAAUGCUACCAAAUACUAAUUGAGUGUAUGUAAACUUCUGACCCACAGGGAAUGUGAUGAAAUAAAUAAAAGCUGAAAUAAAAGCUGAAAUAAAUCAUUCUCUCUACUAUUAUUCUGACAUUUCACAUUCUUAAAAUAAAGUGGUGAUCCUAACAGACAGGGGAUUUUUACUAGGAUUAAAUGUCAGGAAUUGUGAAAAACGGAGUUUAAAUGUUUUUGGCUAAGGUGUAUGUAAACUUCCGACUUCAACUGUACAUCUCUACCUUCUCUCUCUUGUCUCUCCCCCAGACAUGGGUCCUCUGCUGGGCAGAGAGAUCCAGAGACGUCUAGAGGGCCCCCUGAAUCCUGCCCUGAAGUCUGUCAGAGAUAUGGCCAAAGGUACAACUCCAUCCUGUGUGUGUGUGUUCAUGUGUGUGGUCGUGUGUAUUCCUCUUCUGAUAUGAUAAUCUGUGUGUUUGUGUGCGUGUGGUGUUUGUUUGUUUGUGUGUGUUUAUUCCUCUUCUGAAAUAGUUUCAUUUUAAUUCUCUACAUGAAUGGUUUAAUAAAGAGCUUUCAAAAGUCAAAAGUCUUCUGACAUUUUAAUCUGUGUGUAUGUUGUAUCUGUAUCGUAGUGAUGAACCGUACCAGUGUACUGCUGGUGGGGUUGAACUCUACUCUAACCCAGCUCCAGUCUGAUGUGACUGUGGUCCAGGCUAAUGUUACCUCUGUCAGAGACCGCAUCAACAGCACAUUGAGAAACCCUGACUGUGCUGGGUGUUCUGCCUAUCAGUCAGAGCUACAGAAACUAACAUUUGACACAACUAUCACUGUGAGUACAACCUUGUCUUGCGGUACCACUCUUUUCUCUCUCCUCUCCACUCUUUUCUCUCUCCUCGGAGCGGAGAGGCUGGCUUUUCAGUGGGUAGCAGAGUGGGAGAGAGCAGCUGAGGGAGGCCGCAGGGCGCAAAGGCGAUUUGACGAGAAAUCGUUUAGACGCAACGCACUGGGCGUGUCCGACGGGAAGAGACUAGGCAGAGCUCUGAGCCCAGAGGAAAAGGGACGUCAGUCACCACGGGAAACUUUUCCAGCCCGGGAGCGCCCCCCGGGCGCGCCCCGAGGAGACCCCACGGGGAGUAACUGGGCCCCGCCAAGGGCAGAGGGCGGCGCCCCCGUCGGGCCCGCGAGCCCCCUGGAGGCCAGGCGUGCCCCCAACGCCCCCGCACCCCCCCCCCCUCCCCCCCCCCCCCCUCCCCUCCCCCCAGCAGAGAAGGGGAAAGAAGAAAGGAGGGCCCCGGGGAGGAGAAGAGGAAAAAGAAAAGGGGGGAGAAGGGGGGAAAAGAGGAAAAAGGGGGGGAAGGGGCCCAAAAGGGGGGAAAAGAAAAAAGGGGGGGGGGGGAGACGGGGGUUUUUCUUUUUUUCUUUCUUUUCCCCUUUCCCCUUUUUUUUUUUCCUUUUCCCCCCCUUUUUUUCUUUUCCCUUUUUCCCUUUUUUCCCCCCCCCCUGUUUUUUUUUUCCCCCUUUCCUCCCCUUCCCCCCCCUUUUUUUUCCCCCCCUUUUUUUUCCCCCCCUUCUUUUUCCCCCUUUUUUUUUUUUUUUUUUUGGGGGGGAAAAAACCCCAAAAAAAAUUUUUUUUAAAAAACCCAAAGGAAACCCCUUCCCGGGGGAUUUUCCCGAGGCCCCAAAAAAGGUGGGCAAAAAGCGGGGGAAUCCGUAAAAUUUCGUGGGGAAACCAGCAAAGGGGGGACCCCCCCCCACCCCCGGGACAAAAGAUUUUUUUCCCCGCGCCCGACCGGUUUCCCCCAAAAGGGGGGGCCCCCGGCCCCCCCCGGGGGCCCACCCCCCCGCCCCCCCCACCCCCUUUUCCCGGCCCCAAACACCCCCAACGGGGGAACCUUGGGGGGUACCCCCCCCCGGGGCCCCCAAAACCCAACUCCCCAAAAAAAAUUUUCCCCCCGGGGGGCCAAAGGCUUUCCCCCCAACCCCCAAACCCCCCCCCCCCCCCGGGGGGCCCCCCUUUUUUCCCCGGGGGGACCCUUAAGGGGCCCCAAAAACGGCCCCCGUCCCUUUUCCCCCCGGGAAAAAACCCCUUUUGGGGCCAAAGGGGGGUUUUGGGGGCCAAAAAAAAAAGGGGGGGGGGCCCCCCCACCCCCCAACCCCCCCCCCCCAACAACCGGGCCCCAGGGGACCAAGGGGGGGAAAACCAAAAAAAACCCGGCUUUAAAAAGGGCCAAAAAAGGGAAACCCCCCGGGGGGGGGUUUUGGGGGGAAAAUUCUUUUCCUCCCCCCCCUUUUUUAAAAACCCCCCAAAAUCUUUCCCCCCCCCGGGGGGGGUUUUUUCAGAGGGGAGGAAAUUUUUUUUGGGGUUUUCCCAAAGGGGGGGGCCCCCUUCCCUGGGUUCUCUAUUCUCUAUCCUCCUCUUCUAUUUCGCUCUCUACUCCAACUCUUGUCUCUUCCUCCCUUUUUUCUUCCCUCCUUCUCCCUUCUCAUCUUUCCAUCAAUUCCAUGGAAGCUCUGAUAACCCAGUUAUUAUCUCCCUGUACGCACUGGUGUGUCUUUUGAUCUUACUCUGGUUUGUUCUCGAUAAAGAACGUUUCAGUCCUUUUGUUAAACACAAUUGAGCUAAAACACCUGGCUUUCUCGUGUGUUCAUGAUACAGUGUGUGUGUGUGUGUGUGUGGUUGUGGACAGUGUGUGUGGUCGUGUGAUUUUGUAUGGUGGUGGACGGUGCAUGCUGGCCUUCCACAUAACUAAAUUAGUUAUGUGGAAAUGGCUCACGCUGUUGUCUUAUGAUGUCAGGUUUCAGAGUGUUCCUCCUCCUCCCACUCUACUGUUGCUGACGCACGCUGAGUCUGUUUGUGGGUUAACUCUCUCCCCUCCUCUCCCCCCCCCCCCACCCCCCUUUCUCAAACAAGCUAACACAAAUAGAGGCUUGGGUUUCAGGAAAAUUACAGUUCAUAAUGCACACACACACACAGACAGACACACACACACACAGACACACACACAGUAUCAGAAACACAAGAUAAGUUCCUUAUUGAGAACAAACCAGUAGGACGGAGAACAAACAGGUAAAGAAAGGACCAUGGAUAAGAGACCAUGGUGUAUGUUACUGUAAUAUGAUUGUGGAAAAUGGUGUCAUUUGUAAUCAUAUCAAUGUUGUUUUUAAAAUUCAGUUUAUUAUAUUAUCACUGUUCUACUUUUAUAACAAGCAUGAGGCAGGCAAUAUAUGCCAUAGUAAAAACGUGAAUUUGUCAUCUGAGUGGAUAGUUGUGGUUUUGCUGCCCCCUGCUGCCAAAGCAUAAGAAUGACACUUACUGCAGAGAAGUCAUUGAAGAGCAUAAGCUGUUUGUAACCUAAAGUGUGUGCGUAUGUUCCAUAGAUCCCCAGUCUGAAUGAGCUGCAGUUGGCUGUUAAUUUCAUCACAAAGGCUGAUCUCAACUCAAAGGUAAACGUAAAUCUAAAAGACAUAAAGAGGGACAAACGGACAAGCCAGCUGCAUAAAAAAAAUAAACAGCUCUGUCUGCACUAAAUAGACCCCCCCCCCACCCCCCUCCGAAAUGGAUUAGUGAAGUGUAACUGACAUGCCACAGCAUGGUGCUGUUUGUGAGGGAGGAAUUGAGAUCCAUGCUUGUUACAACAUUUUUCAUCCAUUGACUUCUAUGCAUCAUUUAUGCCGGGUACUCCUUGGAGUCUGAAGUAGUUACUGAGGACGUUUCUGACUGUGUGUGUUUCAGGGAGAAGACUUCUUUGCCAGUAUUCCCCAGAGAGUGACCAACGACACCAGGGACAUUGUACAGAGUGAGUAUUUACCUUCAAGGUCACUACUAACUGUUAUAGGACUAGGACUAGUCCAGUUAAACUACUAGCUGUUAUAGGUCAUUAUUAUUCACAGCGACACUAACAAGAGUCUGAUGUCUACUAGCCUUAUAGCCACAUCUUAUGCUUUAACCUAAAUGCCUUUGAAACUGACCUUGGAUCAGUGUCUAGAGGUAUAUUCAUCCCUUUCCUUCUCCUUCAGAUGUGAAGCAACAGCUUGACGACAUCAAGAGACAGAUCUCUUUGGUGAAGGGAGACAUCCCUGUCUCUUCCCUCAGCAUGAUCUCAGACACACUGGGAGAGGCUCAGAGAUACAUCGACAUGUACUCACCUGAGGCAGAGAAGGUAGAGAUGAUUAGGUAAUGAACACACACACAUAGGCACGCACACACACUGACAGGGCUGAACAGAUAAGGUAAUCAUCCCUCUGUGUUUUUGUUUCUCUAGUUGGGGUGUGGGUAUUAUCCUGAGCUGUGUAGUUCUCCUGGUCGUAGUGUGUAACCUCCUGGGUCUGUUUUUGGGUCCGGUGGGACUGAGCCCUCAAGCCGACCCGAAAGAACGAUCCGGCACCGCCGACUGUGGAGGAACCUUCCUAAUGGCGUAAGUACUGUCACUGUGUCUGUGCCUGUCUGUGUGGGUGGGUGGGUAUGAGGAUGGGCAGAAGUGACAUUUGGUAAAAUAAUUAUCUCAACGUAUUUGCCUGUGUGUGUAGGGGUGCAGGGCUAAGUUUCCUGUUUUCCUGGCUCUUCAUGCUGGUGGUGUUACUACUGUUUAUAGUGGGAGGGAAUGUCUACACACUGGUCUGCCAGCCCUGGCGCAGUGGACAGCUACUACAGGUAAGAACACACACUCACGCAUACACACACACUCUCAUACAUGCACACUUAAUUAAUUGACUCACUGAUUGAUUGAUUGUGUGUCUCCCCCCUCCACAGUUUGUUGACACUCCGGGCAUGAUACCUGGCUUCGAUUUAAGAGAGAUACUGGGCCUGAAGAGCAACCUGACUCUUACUGAAGUAUACAAGUAUGUAGAAACAUUAUAAAGGGUUAUGUAAAUUAAAGAUCUGCUUUCUGGUUUUCUAAAUGAUUAUUAUAAGUCACUCUGGAUAAGAGUGUCUGCUAAAUGUAACUUUGUUUUUGUUCUGCUAUUAUGCAAUGUAAGGAUUAAUGGUGCGCAGGUCAGCUGUUUGUUCACCGGCACCCGCCCGCAAUUGCUAAUUACCCAUCUGCAACCACCUGACUAUAUGUGAUAAAGUGAAAAUCUGAGGCCCGCACCCGACCCUAAUCCGAUAAUAUAGAAAUUGCGCUGUAGGCUACAGUCAGAGAUAGCAGACAUUUUUUUUUACCCGGGUUCAGGAUUUUUUUUGCCUGAUUUUAUAGAUGUUUCUGCUUAUAAUUUCCGACAUUUUGGUAGGCUAUUUGUUAGUCAACUUGUCUAUCAGUGGAGGCUGCUGAGGGGAGGACGGCUCAUAAUAAUGGCUGGAAUGGAAUCGAUGGAAUGGUAUCAAACAAACACGUGUUUGAUACCAUUCCAUUCACUCCAUUCCGGACAUUAUUAUUAGCUGUCCUCCCCUCCACUCAGCAGCCUCCACUGUUGUCUAUAAUUAGAUACCUGCAGCUUCUCUUCUGUCAUUAUAUGUUGCCCUAGAAGACUAAAUAAACCCUUGCUCACCAGAAUAAUGUCAUAAAUCGAUAGAAUGAAUGCUUCUUUGCUGAGCAAAGACGUUUAGGGACCGGGUAGAAAAUGCAAUAACUCAACAAAAAAAACUGCAACAAUUUUCUGUGCAAAAUUUCCAAAGGACAUCAACUUGACCAAAUCAAAUCAAAUUUUAUUGGUCACAUGCGCCGAAUACAACAGGUGCAGACAUUACAGUGAAAUGCUUACUUACAGCCCUUAACCAACAGUGCAUUUAUUUUAAACAAAAAAAGUAAGAAUAAAACAACAACAAAAAAAGUGUUGAGAAAAAAAGAGCAGAAGUAAAAUAAAGUGACAGUAGGGAGGCUAUAUAUACACUAAAAUAAAGUGACAGUAGGGAGGCUAUAUAUACAGGGGGGUACCGUUGCAGAGUCAAUGUGCGGGGGCACCGGCUAGUUGAGGUAAUAUGUACAUGUGGGUAGAGUUAAAGUGACUAUGCAUAAAUACUUAACAGAGUAGCAGCAGCGUAAAAAGGAUGGGGUGGGGGGGCAGUGCAAAUAGUCCGGGUAGCCAUGAUUAGCUGUUCAGGAGUCUUAUGGCUUGGGGGUAGAAGCUGUUGAGAAGUCUUUUGGACCUAGACUUGGCACUCCGGUACCGCUUGCCGUGCGGUAGCAGAGAGAACAGUCUAUGACUAGGGUGGCUGGAGUCUUUGACAAUUUUGAGGGCCUUCCUCUGACACCGCCUGGUAUAGAGGUCCUGGAUGGCAGGGAGCUUUGCCCCAGUGAUGUACUGGGCCGUACGCACUACCCUCUGUAGUGCCUUGCGGUCAGAGGCCAAGCAGUUGCCAUACCAGGCGGUGAUGCAACCAGUCAGGAUGCUCUCGAUGGUGCAGCUGUAGAAUUUUUUGAGGAUCUGAGGACCCAUGCCAAAUCUUUUUAGUCUCCUGAGGGGGAAUAGGCUUUGUCGUGCCCUCUUCACGACUGUCUUGGUGUGUUUGGACCAUGAUAGUUCGUUGGUGAUGUGGACACCAAGGAACUUGAAGCUCUCAACCUGUUCCACUACAGCCCCGUCGAUGAGAAUGGGGGCGUGCUCAGUCCUCUUUUUUUUCCUGUAGUCCACAAUCAUCUCCUUUGUCUUGGUCACGUUGAGGGAGAGGUUGUUGUCCUAGCACCACACGGCCAGAUCUCUGACCUCCUCCCUAUAGGCUGUCUCAUCGUUGUCGGUGAUCAGGCCUACCACUGUUGUGUCGUCGGCAAACUUAAUGAUGGUGUUGGAGUCGUGCCUGGCCAUGCAGUCAUGGGUGAACAGAGAGUACAGGAGGGGACUGAGCACGCACCCCUGAGGGGCCCCCGUGUUGAGGAUCAGUGUGGCAGAUGUGUUGUUACCUACCCUUACCACCUGGGGGCGGCCCGUCAGGAAGUCCAGGAUCCAGUUGCAGAGGGAGGUGUUUAGUCCCAGGAUCCUUAGCUUAGUGAUGAGCUUAGAGGGCACUAUGGUGUUGAAUGCUGAGCUGUAGUCAAUGAAUAGCAUUCUCACGUAGGUGUUCCUCUUGUCCAGGUGGGAAAGGGCAGUGUGGAGUGCGAUAGAGAUUGCAUCAUCUGUGGAUCUGUUGGGGCGGUAUGCAAAUUGGAGUGGGUCUAGGGUUUCUGGGAUUAUGCUGUUGACGUGAGCCAUGACCAGUCUUUCAAAGCACUUCAUGGCUACAGACGUCAGUGCUACGGGUCGGUAGUCAUUUAGGCAGGUUAUCUUAGAGUUCUUGGGCACGGGGACUAUGGUGGUCUGCUUGAAACAUGUUGGUAUUACAGACUCAGUCAGGGACAUGUUGAAAAUGUCAGUGAAGACACUUGCCAGUUGGUCAGCACAUGCUCGGAGUACACGUCCUGGUAAUCCGUCUGGCCCUGCGGCCUUGUGAAUGUUGACCUGCUUAAAAGUCUUACUCACAUCGGCUACGGAGAGCGUGAUCACAUAGUCGUCCGGAACAGCUGGUGCUCUCAUGCAUGCUUCAGUGUUGCUUGCCUCGAAGCGAGCAUAGAAGUGGUUUAGCUCGUCUGGUAGGCUUAUGUCACUGGGCAGCUCGCGGCUGUGCUUCCCUUUGUAGUCUGUAAUAGUUUUCAAGCCCUGCCACAUCCGACGAGCGUCAGAGCCAGUGUAGUAUGAUUCAAUCUUAGACCUGUAUUGACUCUUUGCCUGUUUGAUGGUUCGUCGGAGGUCAUAGCGGGAUUUCUUAUAAGCGUCCGGGUUAGAGUCCCGUUCCUUGAAAGCGGCAGCUCUACCCUUUAGCUCAGUGCGGAUGUUUCCUGUAAUCCAUGGCUUCUGGUUGGGGUAUGUACGUACGGUCACUGUGGGGACGACAUCAUCGAUGCACUUAUUGAUGAAGCCAGUGACUGAUGUGGUGUACUCCUCAAUGCUGUCUGAAGAAUCCCGGAACAUGUUCCAGUCUGUGCUAGCAAAACAGUCCUGUAGCUUAGCAUCUGCGUCAUCUGACCACUUUUUUAUUAACCGAAUCACUGGUGCUUCCUGCUUCAGUUUUUGCUUAUAAGCAGGAAUCAGGAGGAUAGAGUUAUGGUCAGAUUUGCCAAAUGGAGGGCGAGGGAGAGCUUUGUAUGCGUCUCUGUGUGUGGAGUAAAGGUGGUCUAGAGUUUUUUUCCCUCUGGUUGCACAUUUAACACGCUGGUAGAAAUUAGGUAGAACGGAUUUAAGUUUCCCUGCAUUAAAGUCCCCGGCUACUAGGAGCGCUGCAUCUGGAUGAGCGUUUUCCUGUUGAUUAAUGGCCUUGUACAACUCAUUCAGUGCAAUCUUAAUGCCAGCAUUGGUUUGUGGUGGUAAAUAAACAGCUAUGAAAAAUAUAGAUGAAAACUCUCUUGGUAAAUAGUGUGGUCUACAGCUUAUCAUAAGAUACUCUACCUCAGGCGAGCAAAACCUCGAGACUUCCUUAGUAUUUGAUUUUGUGCACCAGCUGUUGUUUACAAAUAUACAGAGACCGCCACCCCUUGUCUUACCAGAGUCAGACGUUCUGUCCUGCCGAUGUAGCGUAUAGCCUGCUAGCUGAAUGUUAUCAUUGUUGUCGUUCAGCCACGACUCCGUGAAACAUAAGAUAUUACAGUUUUUAAUGUCCCGUUGGUAGGAUAACCGUAAUCUUAAAUCGUCAAUUUUAUUCUCAAAAGAUUGAACGUUGGCUAAUAGGAUUGAUGGGAGAGGCAGUUUACUCGCUCGCCGUCGGAUCCUUACAAGGCACCCGGAUCUGCGUCCGCGAUAUCUCCGUCUCUUCCUCACGCGAAUGACGGGGAUCUGGGCCUUGUCGGGUGUCUGUAGGAUAUCCUUCGCGAACGCCUCGUUGAAGAAAAAAUCUUCGUCCAAUGCGAGGUGAGUAAUCGCUGUCCUGAUAUCCAGAAGCUCUCUUUGGUUAUAAGAGACGAUGGCAGAAACAUUAUGUACAAAAUAAAUUACAAAUAACGCGGAAAAACACACAUAAUAGUACAAUUGGUUAGAGGGCUGUAAAACGGCAGCCAUCUUCUCCGGCGCUGUUCUUUCUUCAGCUGUGAAAACGACCCAAUAUGUUUCUGCUAAGAUUUCAGUUCGGCUUGGAUGCAUAUUUUAUGUGGUUGAAAUACUAUCAGCUUUUAUGACGCUGAUAAAGAUAGCACCUCUACAGACGGUAGGUAUCUAACUGCACAUUCGCAUUCUCUCAGGAUGCUGAAAGAAAUAAAUCAUAUUUUUCCACUCCAAUUUUGCCUGCAUUUGGUGUAUCAUUUUCUGCAAGAAAUGCUUAAUUCUGCAGGAGUUUAUAUUAAGGAUAUAUGAGAGGUUACAGACCUACAGUCGGUGUCCAGAAUUCAGUUUCCAUUUAACCCAUCUGAACAGUAGGCUACAGUUCCCUUAUGUGCCAUCGGCCUAUUUGAAGUCCCCGUCUUGUGGCUGUCGAAUUUGUAUAGCGCCUCACAAUCAUCACACAUCUAUCUAUCUGCUAUCAUUCCCUUUUACCACUUCACCAAAUCUUUCCCAAACGUUAGUUAUCUGGCACUACCUUCUCUUUAUUUUCAACUCUCCAUUUUGCAUUUCACAGCUUUUCUCGUAUUGAAUUAAACUCGGACAUUUUCCUUUUUUGCCUCCGUGGAUCGACUUGAACAUGAACCUUUUCUGCCCAUUUCCAAAAGCAUUUGGUGGUUGCGUGUAGGCUAUUUGGCACGCGUACAGUUAGGUCCUAAAGCUUAGGCUUAUGCACUAAUGCCAGAUAACCUUAAAUAAUGAAAGGAAAACCUCAAUGUAGCCUAUAUAAAUUGCACAAGAUGAAUGAUACAUUUAUGGAUAUUUAAGGUAUUAUUUUAUCUUUAUUUAACCCGCCCGCCACCCAGCCGCCCUUCAUCCACACAACAUUUCAUGACCCUAAACCCGCCGCAUCACGGAUAUAGCUGCGGGUUAUGAGUUAACUUCCGCAUCACUAGUAAGGAUGUAUUGUUGUGUGUGUGUGUUUGUAGUGAAUGUGAACAGAACAGGCCUCUAUGGACAACACUCCACCUGUAUGAGCUCAUAGACCUCAAUAGUCUACUCAACGUGUCCAAAGUAAGACUGUCACACUAUGGUUUCUACUCUAUCACAUAUGGUUUUUACUUUUUCUAUCACCAUACACUGUCUACUGAUGAUUACUGGGCAUCACUUUAUAUGGGUGGUUAAUUACCAAAAUCAAGUCAUGUUUCCUCUUCCUAAGUGGUGUAAAGUCCAUAUUUCAAACCAUCUGCUAUACUAGGACAAUGUUUCCGCUACUCCUUCUAAUUAUGUGUCCACCUCUCCCCUCCCAGUACAAAGAAGAGAUUCAGCAACACUUUGACAGUAAUGAGAUCAAACUGCCUACCAUCACCCUGCUCACCCCUGAGAUGUGCAAAAAGAUAAACAGCUUCUCUGACAUGGCCCAUGAUGUUGACUUAAGCUCUAUCACACAGCAGGUACAAAGUGUGUGUAUGUGUGUACAUGUGCGCGUGCAUGUCUGUGUGACCUUUGGUCUCUAAUAGUUUGUAACAUGUUCAAUUGGAGUGUAUAUUAGGACAGCAUGCAGCGUCACAUCAUUAUAUAUUAUCAUAACUGUUUCUAUACCUGUUUCAGAUCAACAGUAUUUCCAGCAUUAAUCUGACAGAAACAGCAGGCAUGUUAGACCAACUUGCUACUGUUCAAGUGAGUAAUAAAACAUGUAACAUUGUUACAAACAUAUUCCCUCCCUCUGAGCACUCUCAGGCUCUUCCAUCAAUGAUACAAUGUGAACAUCAGUGUGUGCACUGGUCAUAUACAGUACCAGUCAAAAGUUUGGACACACCUGCUCAUUCAAGGGUUUUUCUUUAUUUUUUACUAUUUUUUACAUUGUAGAAUAAUAGUGAAGACAUCAAAACUAUGAAAUAACACAUAUGGAGUGUUAAACAAAUCAAAUAUAUUUUAUAUUUGAGAUUCUUCAAAUAGCCACCCUUUGCCUUGAUGACAGCUUUGCACACACUUGGCAUUCUCUCAACCAGCUUCAUGAGGUAGUCACCUGGAAUGCAUUUCAAUUAACAGGUGUGCCUUCUUAAAAGUUAAUUUGUGGAAUUUCUUUCCAUCUUAAUGUGUUUUAGCCAAUUAGUUAUGUUGUGACAAGGUAGGGGGAGGGGUGGGGGUAUACAGAGGAUAGCCCUAUUUGGUAAAAUACUAAGUCCAUAUUAUGGCAAGAACAGCUCAAAUAAGAAAGAAACAACAGUCCAUCAUUACUUUAAGACAUGAAGGUCAGUCAAUACGGAAAAUGUCAAGUGCAGUCGCAAAAACCAUCAAGCGCUAUGAUGAAACUGGCUCUCAUGAGGACCGCCACAGGAAUGGAAGUCCCAGAGUUACUGCUGCUGCAGAGGAUAAGUUCAUUAGAGUUACCAGCCUCAGAAAUUGCAGCCCAAAUAAAUGCUUCACAGAGUUCAAGUCAUAGACACAUCUCAACAUCAACUGUUCAGAGGGGACUGUGUGAAUCAGGCCUUCAUGGUCGAAAUUGCUGCAAAGAAACCACUACUAAAGGACACCAAUAAUAAGAAGAGACCUGCUUGGGCCAAGAAACACGAGCAAUGGACAUUAGACCGGUGGAAAUGUGUCCUUUGGUCUGGAGUCCAAAUUGGAGAUUUUUGGUUCCAACCGCUGUGUCUUUGUGAGACGCAUUGUGGGUGAAUGGAUGAUCUCUGCAUGUGUAGUUCCCACCAUAAAGCAUGGAGGAGGAGGUGUCUGUGAUUUAUUUAGAAUUCAAGGCACACUUAACCAGCAUGGCUACCACAUCAUUCUGCAGCGAAACGCCAUCCCAUCUGGUUUGGGCUUAGUGGGACUAUAAUUUGUUUUUCAACAGAACAAUGACCCAACACACCUCCAGGCUGUGUAAGGGCUAUUUCACCAAGAAGGAGAGAGAUGGAGUGCUGCAUCAGAUGACCUGGCCUCCACAAUCCCCCGACCUCAACCCAAUUGAGAUGGUUUGGGAUGAGUCGGAUGGCAGAGUGAAGGAAAAGCAGCCAACAAGUGCUCAGUAUAUGUGGGAACUCCUUCAAGACUGUUGGAAAAGCAUUACAGGUGAAGCUGGUUGAAAGAAUGCCAAGAGUGUGCAAAGCUGUCAAGGCAAAGGGUGGCAAUUUGAAGAAUCUCAAAUAUAUUUUAUUUGUUUAACACUUUCUUGGUUACUACAUGAUUCCAUAUGUGUUAUUUCAUAGUUUUGAUGUCUUCUCUAUUAUUCUGCAUGUAGAAAAUAGUAAAAAUAAAGAAAAACCCUUGAAUGAGUAGGUGUGUCCAAACUUUUGACUGGUACUGUAGAUGUUUGUAUAAAGACAGUAAUGUGAUGCAUGUCUCUCAACAGAUUGAUACAGGUAUCCAAUCACAGCUGACACAGGAGGCUGGAGACCUGAGAGGGAUCCAGUCUGACAUUGUCAGAAUCAUCAUCCCACAACUGGUACGUCUGACUGGCCUGGUGCUGCCUGUUUCUGCUCUGGACAACUUCAGCAAAUGUCACAUAUGUGUGUUUGUACUAAAUAUACAGCUAUCUGAAUGUCUGGAUUAUCUAUGACUAUUUUAUAAAUCCUUAAGAGGUCAUUAUCCAGAGCAGAGUCAUAUAUGUUGUAAAUAGAUAUAUUAUCUGUCAGUCUUUUGUGUUUCAGACUCAGUUGAACUCCACCAUAGGUGCCCUUAGUGUCAUAGUAUCAGAGAUCAAUGUAAGUAUACUGCAGAAUGUUCCGAAAGCAUGAGCUGCAAGUGUUCUUUCAUUAAACAAUGUAAAUAUGUAGCUAUGCAAUGCAUGCUCAUCUCUCUCUCUUUCUCCCUCCCUCCCUCUUUCACCUUUAGGGCACAGUAGGAGAGGUGUUAAAUAAAGUGGGAACAGCUCAAGACUUCCUCAACACCAACACUACACAGAUAGUCAAGGCAGUGAGUAACCAUGCACAUUUGCACGCAUGCACACACACAAGCAUAUUUAGUCACAAAAGAAAUACUUAUAUAGGGAAUUCCACCUGAUUUUUUUUGCUGCAAGGCUCCACUGACUCAUGACUUCUGAGUCAAUAGAGAAUGUAUGGAAUUUACACUUGUUUUUCUUUCUUUCUUUUUCUCAGGAGAGUAGGAAGUUCCUAGACUGUCAGAUGGGGUACUUCAUGGCAUAUGCUGACUGGGCUAACCUCACAGUGGGUUCACUAAGCGUUCUACUACUACUGUAUCACUGCAUUGUUGUACCUUGUGUGUGUGUGUGGUUUAAUUUUAGGUUCCUAUGUUUGUGUGUGUGUGUAGUUUAGCCUCAGCCUUAUGUGUAAGAAUGUGUGGUUGAGGUUGAUGUAAAAUGGCUUUAUAAAAUACAUUUGACGAAAUUUGAUUGUGUGAGUUUGUGUGUAUGUAGAUCACUCAACAGAUUGGUCUCUGUGGCCCAGUUGCAAAAGCUGUGGACUCAGCUGAGGUUAUAGUCUGCUCAAAUAUGAUGGAGUCUCUGGUGAGAAAACGAUUUCAUGCACGCACCCACACACAGAAAAUGAUACACUACGUUAAUGUAAUAUUGUUUAUUAACCUACACGUGUCUGUGUGUGUGUCCAGAAUGCGUUCUGCUUCAGUCUGGGCUGGUGUAUGAUCUUCCUGGUCCCCAGCAUCAUCUUCUCCAUCAAACUGGCCAAGUUCUACAGGAGGAUGAAGCACAGCGAUGUCUACGAGUGAGUAGCAAACAUAUUUACACAUAUACAUCAGAUGAUUGUACUUAGGUACUGGGCGGGAAAUACUCAUUCAGAAAUGAGACCAGGGCCCGUAUAUAUAUACACAAAAGCAUCUCAGAGUACGAGUGCUGAUCUAGGAUCAGGUCCCCCUCCCCCCUGUCCAUAAUCAUCUUAUCUUAUUAUUCAUUAUGAUCUAAAAGGCUAAAUGGAUCCUAUGUUAGCACUCCUACUCUGAGACUUUUUGUGAAUACGGGCCCAGGACACUAUGACUCUGAUUGAAACGUUAUUGCAAUAAAGGUGGUAUGGGAACAAUAUACAGUCUCUCUUUUUGUCUCGUCUCAUCUCUUUCCCCACAGAAACCACAUAGCCAUGAACAUCCGAGACCGAGCCCGAGUCAAACCCUACUGAGCUGGGGGAAAGAGAGGACUGGCCAGGGGUGUUACUGCUCUCAGGGACUACAACCAGGACUCUGCCAUCCCGCCCUGACAGAGGGACAUGAAUGGGUCUAACCCACCUGAAUAAUGAUAUGAUAUAUUUGAAAUACAGUAUCAAAUAGGUUAGGUACAAGUCUUUUUUUUUCUAUUUUUUUUUCU